CUCAGCACCAACACACGAGCGACCGACUCCCCAGCCUGCCUGCCGCGCCACCCCGAAGCCCCUCCAGCUAAAGCCUGUAGACCUUCCCACUCCAAAAACCGGACUCCAUACUUUUGUCCCAACGCGAACCCACUAAUCUCACGCCAAAUUUUUCGGCCCCGCGGUGGGGCAGGACAACAAGGGCAGGCCGGGGGGAAACGGAGACCGUAUGAUGUGGAUCUGGUACCUUCUGCUGGGGUCGGGGUCAGGCUCAAGAACUGUUGAGAGCCAGUCGCUGCCAGGGAACAACUUCACCACCGAGUGCAACAUCCCUGGAAUCUUCAUGUGCAGGGAUGGGAAGUGUGUCCCAGGCGGGUGGCAGUGCGACGGAUUACCUGACUGCUUUGACAAGAGUGAUGAGAAAGGCUGUCCUAAGGUCAAGUCAAAGUGCGCCCCUACAUUCUUCGCCUGCGCUAACGGUGUCCACUGUAUCAUCGGGCGCUUCCGCUGUAACGGCUUCAGUGACUGUCCUGACGGGAGUGACGAGGAGAACUGCACGGGCUCUGAGUGCUCGGGGACUCGCUUCAAGUGUCGGAAUGGCCACUGUGUGGACCGCAGCUUCUUGUGCAAUGGCCAGGACAACUGUCAGGACAACAGCGAUGAGGAGCUCUGCCUAACUACAGCGGGUGUGUCACGAUCUGCCUGUGUUGUGUUUUGUCUUGUCUUUUUCUGUCUUUGGUUUCAUGUUUUAUUUUGAAAAGUCUUCACCACCUGUCUUGCAUGUCGCUUUCUGUCUGUUUUCCCUCCUACCUGAUUGCCCGAUUGUGUUCACCUGGUGCCCCUGUGUUUUCU